CAUAAAAGGUGUAAAGUAUUAUUAUAUUAUAUUAUAAAGUAUUAUAUAUAAAUUUAAGCCAAUUCUUUAAUUACAUUCAUUAGUUUAGAAUAAUAGUUUAUUUUGAGAAAAAAAAUUAAAAUUUUUAAAAUUAAAAGAGAUAAAUUUAACAAAAUGCUAUUCACUAGUUCAAUCUGUAUGAUAAUUUUAAGUUUGAUUUACUACAAUCUACGACAAAAGCCUCUUCUAAUCGAAAGUUUUGUUUGCGAGAUAAAAUAUUUAUUAUUAGUUACUAAAGAAUUUAUAAAUAAUUGGAUAAAUAUAAAAAAUAAUAAGAAUGAUUAUUUACCUCAGACAGGAAGGAUUGCAAUCGUAACAGGAGGAUCCAGAGGAAUUGGAUUUGAAGUAGUAAAAGCAUUUUUAGAACUUGAUAUGGAAGUAAUAAUUGCUUGUAGAACACCUUUUGCAGGUGAGAAAGCUAUUCUCCAAAUUAGAGAAUCUGGUAUUAAUACUGGCAAAGCAAAAAUAUAUAAACUUGAUAAUUCGUCUUUACAAUCUGUAAAACAAUUUGCUAUAGAAAUAAAAAAAGAUUACAAACAGAUUCAUGUUUUAAUUAAUAAUGCUGGUGUCAUGUUUUGUCCUUAUCAAGAAACAGUAGAUAGUUUUGAACAACAAUGGGCUGUAAAUUAUUUGUCACAUUUUUUAUUAACAGCUGAACUUUUACCAUUAUUAAAGGCUGGUGGACUUCCUGAACAGUGUAGUAGAAUUGUUAAUAUUACUUCUUGUGCUCAUCUUAUAGGUAAAAUUAAUUUUAAUGACAUUAAUAAUAGAAACAAAUUCCUCACUAAAUAUGCAUAUGCACAAAGUAAAUUAGCACAAGAAAUAUUCACAAAAGGCCUACAAAAUCUUUUAAAAGAAAAACAAUAUUAUAUACAAGUUUAUUCUGUACAUCCUGGAUUAGUAUUUACAGAACUUUUUAUACAUUCUUAUAUUUGGAAAUAUAGAUCAUUUUAUCAAUAUAUUUUUAAGACUCCCAAACAAGGAGCUAUAUCUAUUAUAUAUGCAGCAGUAAAUAAAACAAUUGAAAAUUGUGGUGGUAUAUAUAUUAAUAAUUGUCGUUCCAGUCGGGCUCAUUCAGAUGCGUCGAAUUUAUCUAUUCAAAAAAAAUUAUUUGAUUUAUCCCUUCGACAAGUACAGCUAAAUGAUUUUUUUCAUUAUGUACAAUGAAAAUAUAAAUGAUUAUAUUCAAACAAAUUAUGAUGA